AUGGACCCACUGAAUGAAUCACUGUUACAUUCGUUGCUUUAUCCACAAUCUGGUCAACCUAAAAAUCAAUUGAAAGCGGCUGUCAAGCUAAAAAAAACACUUUUUGUACGUAUCAAAACGAUUAACCAAAGAAAUUGUUUUGAUUGUAAUCGGAAAGAAAGUUUAAAAAAAAAAUCAACAAAAAUGGCAAAACGGACCUCCGAUUCUUUGGUCGCUGUGCACGAUUUGAAGCGGUCGAAAAAUGAAUUGGUUGCAUUCACAAAUCGAGACAAAGCGCUCCUUGAAGCCGGUGUCAAACGAACAUCGAAUCUGUUCUCGCCGAUAAUGCUGUUGGAAGGUCAUGAAGGAGAAGUAUUUUCAUGUGAAUUCCAUCCGGAAGGCGAACAUCUUCUCUCCACCGGUUUUGAUCGAAAAAUUUUGCUUUGGGAAGUGUAUGAUGAAUGUGAAAAUGUGAGCAUGAUGACAGGUCAUACCGGUGCGAUAAUGGAAGCUCAUUUUUCGACCGACGGUUCGAGUGUAUACAGCUGUGCCACAGAUAGAACCCUUUCCAUUUGGGAUGUGCCAACAUCACAGCGCAUGCGAAAGCUUAAAGGUCACACUGGUUUUGUGAAUUCACUUUGCGGUACCCGCAGAGGAAAUCCAACAUUGGUGUCAGGCAGUGAUGAUUGUACAAUUAAAAUAUGGGAUCCACGUAAAAAACAAGUGGUUCACACACUAGACAACAAAUUCCAAGUGACUGCCGUUUGUUUUAAUGAUACUGGUGAAUAUGUUGUGUCUGGUGGCAUUGAUAAUGAUGUAAAAGUAUGGGAUAUUCGUCAAAAUGAGAUCGUAUACACACUCAAAGGUCAUUCCGAUACAGUGACCGGUGUCACACUUUCGCCGGAUGGUUCGUAUAUUUUGUCAAAUUCUAUGGACAAUACGCUUCGUAUUUGGGAUAUUCGACCAUAUGCACCGGCUGAACGAUGUCUUCAAACAUUCAUGGGGCAUCAGCAUAACUUUGAGAAGAAUUUACUUCGAUGCAGUUGGUCGCCGGAUGGUGCUCGAGUAUCAGCCGGGUCGAGUGACCGUUUUGUUCAUGUUUGGGACGUUAGCACCGGUCGAAUCUUAUACAAACUACCAGGCCACAAUGGCAGUGUCAACGAUGUUGAUUUUCAUCCCACCGAACCCAUCAUUCUCUCUGGAUCGAGCGACAAAAAUCUCUACAUGGGUGAAAUUGACGCAUAAGAAUUAACAUUUUUCCACAUUUUUUUUUUUUAAAUUUUCAUUUAUUUUUUAAUUCAAAUAUUAUAAAAUAACAAAAAGAGAU